CAUGGUAGCUAGUUGAUUUUUGUCCGACUAGUUAAAGCAAAGAGGGCAGCGACGAAGCUAGUAAAGUAGGGGGGAGUUAGUGCGACAGGGAAGAACAAUAUUUCUUCAUUCAGCACGUUGCAGUUCGUCGUGGGGAACUUUUCUUUUGAUAUCUGAACUCUCAGACCACAGAAUUAGCAAAGCUAGCUAGCAUUAUUUCUGGUUAGCACGCUGACGGACUACAGAGCAAGCAAGCCAGUGUCUGAUAUAUAGUAUUCUUGUUGAUGAUCAAUACAAGUUAAAAGUUACUUAUUGCAACAUUGUGUAAUGGCUGGCAGCACCUCCAAGACAAUACACGAUAUCUUUCAAUCUAUGGAGUACGGACCGAGUAGUUCCAGCACUGCUACUGCUCAGGCUUGGCUUGAGUCUCAGUCUCGUGCUCUCGGUCUGUUCAUCGAUGGAAAGUUUGUCCGUUCUGCAGACAGACAGACAUGCAAUGUGACCGACUCUUCAGGUGGUCCUGUGUGUAGUACUGUGUGUGCUGUGGAUGAGGAUGCAUCCCUGUCUGUGUCCUCUGGGGCCAGUGGCUUCAAGGCCUGGAGUGCUCUCCCCAGUCAUCUCAGAGCCAAGACUCUACUCAAGUUGGUGAGUGGCCUCCAGAGACACGGUCAGUGUCUGUCAGAGCUGUGUGACCUGGCCCAGUCUCCCAGUUCCCCUUCAGUACUGGUCAGACUGCUGCAGUACUACUCCGGCUGGGCUCAGCUCAGAGACUCACUCAUUCCCGACUGGACGCCACGUGGUGUGGUGGUAGUGGUUGUCUCUGACGACUGUUCUCUCUACUCUCUCAUGCUGAAAGUCUUACCUGCACUGGCCAUGGGCAACGCAGUGGUGGCGAUCCCUGGCGUGGGGACAGCGCCUCCUGUUCUGUUAUUGGCUCAGCUGUUUGUGGAGGCGGGACUUCCUGCGGGGGUGCUGAAUGUGGUGACGGGCAACGUUUUGUCGCUGGGUUCUAAAGUGGCACAAAACCCGCAUGUCAGCUAUGUCACUUACAGUGGCAACAAAAAGGAUGGAGAGAUUCUGUGCAGAGCCACAGCAGGCAUGGGUGUUCCCGUCUCUCUCUCCCUCUCCCUCGGAGCCACCUGUCCCUUCAUCAUAUUUGAGUCUGCCGAUAUCGACAGUGCCGUGGAUGGAGUGAUCGAGACCGCCUUUAAGAAGAACAGAGAGUACCAGUGGAUGCUGUGUGUCCAGGAGUCAGUGUUGGACAGUGUUGUAGCCCGUCUGAAGGUUCGGAUGGCAGGGAUGAAGAGUGUUCCUCUCCUGGCCGAGGGGGACCGAAGGCUGGUGGACGCUGCAGUACAGGAGGCCCAACAGCAGGGGGCCAUGCUGAUCCAGCCGUGUCCCCCGCCCUCCUCCGGUGCUGCCUAUCCCCCCACGGUGCUGUGUGGAGUAGCCCCCUCCUGCACCUGUGUGGUGACCCCAUCCCCCGGGCCUCUGUUACCCCUCCUCUCCUUCAGGAGCCACGGGGAGGGUGUCACUCUGGGGAACCACAGCCCUCACGGCCAGGCUGCCUCUCUCUGGACUGAAGACCUAACUCUGGCCCUGGAGGCUGCCAAGAGCCUGUCUGUGGGUACAGUGUGGGUGAACUCCCACUCUGUGAUGGACCCUUCCCUGCCUAUCUCUGGCCACAAGGAGAGUGGCAACUGCAUCGAUGGAGGGAAGGAGGGUCUGUUCCAAUUCCUCCGCCCUUCCUCCUCUCCUCCUCUACCCCGCUCCUCUCCAGCCUCUGUUGAUUACUCCAAGUUUGGAACGGCGGCGUCAGCGGCCAUCAUUCCAGAGGGAUCUAAUUCAUCCAGUACCCCUCGUUCCUAUCUGCAGUAUGUGGGGGGGAAGCAGUGUAAGUCUGAGUCUGGCAGCAGUGUGUGUGUCCUGGCACCAGGGGGAACUGUUCUCGCCUACUGUCCUGACGGGGGGAGGAAAGACGUUCGCAACGCCGUGGAGGCGGCCAUUAAGGUCCAACCUGGUUGGAUGAAGAAGAGCCCUGUGGCCCGAGCUCAGUGCCUCUUCUCUCUGGCUGAGACCUUGGAGCUGAAGAGACGGGACAUGGCCGUGUCACUCCACUCCCAGACAGGCCUCUCAUUGGAGAAGGCGGACAUGGAGGUGGAGCUGAGCAUCGCUCAGCUCUGUGAUUGGGCCGCCCGCUGUGAUAAGGAAAGGGGCGGAGUUCCGUCCGUCCCACAGUCCGGUUCGGCUCUGUCCAUCCCCGAGGCUCUUGGAGUGGUGGGUGUGGUUCUCCCUGACUCAUCCCCCCUCCUCUCUAUGGUCUCCCUGCUGGCAGCUGCUGUUGCCAUGGGCAAUGCUGUCGUCGUGGUGCCCAGUCCAAAGUACCCACUGCCUGCUCUAGAAUUCAUCCAGGUUCUCCAGUCCUCAGAUCUUCCAGGAGGCGUGGUCAGCAUUAUAACUGGUGGCAGAGAUCAGCUGACCCAGGCUCUAGCCAAUCACAGUGUCAUCAAGGCCGUAUGGUACUGGGGGAGUAUGGAGGGUUGCCAGUUCCUACAGCACACGUGUGCCAGCCCUCUGAAGAGCCUGUGGCUCCACUGCCAGGAGGAGGAUGGAGAGAGAGACUGGGCCCAGCCUCAUGCCUCACUCCUGGAAGAGAUGUGGAGACAGGCCGUCCAGUGGAAGAGUGUCUGGAUACCCACUGCUUAGAGAGAGAGAGGGGGGGAGAGGGAGGGAAAGAGACAGAUGGGUGAGAGAGAAAGAGGCAGGGGGAGACAGUAGAGUGAGAGAUUAAGUAUAUUAAAACAAGAACAUUUAUUUGAAGUGAAGGGGGCGGGGGGUUGUAAGGGUCAUUCUUAGUCGCAUUCUGGGAAUGAUUUUAUGUAACGCACUUGACAGAAGGGCAAUUUGGAAAUGUUCUACAAACCGUAUGAAACGUCCUCUUUCAUGACUAUGAAACCUUCUAGGAUGUUCCAGUGGUUUCCUCCCAUCAGAGGACUGUAUGCCGACGACUCAGUGGUAAAUAACACCAGAUACAUAGAGAGAUGUUAUAACCUGUAUGGAUCAUUGACUUCUACCGCCAGUGCUCCUAUGCAUGGUCUGAUGCCUUAAUAGCACUGGCGGUGAUGCAUUCUCUACAGGAAGCCAGCUUUAGUCAGCCAACAAGGCCUUCAUAAUUUUGCCUUACUGUAUGUUAUCAAUAAGGGGCUUAGAUUGAGGAAGAAAUCAAAAUGUAGAUCAAAAUGUAGGCUAGGCCUACUGUUUCAGCACGAGUAGUCUUCACGUUUUUAGUCUUCAUUUUUUUAUGUCCAAUUAGACAUUUUGAAAUGUAUAUGAUAAAAACAUUCUAAAUAAUGUACUUCUGAUGUUCAAAAGCCAAAAUAAAAAGAUAUUCACCUCA